UGGAUUAAGAAAAGUAAAUAUUUAAUUAGAAGUUACAUAGCUAAAAACAACGAUCCAAACUUCGUAUUUAAAGGUUUACACACGGCCGUUCGUAUUGGGUUAAGAAGUAUGUAAACCUCAAAGAGGUGAAGUUCGAGUUAAAAAAAUAACAAAAUGCUUUGUAAGCCAAACCUGGACACGACCUUGUUGAAAUGCGAGGUGAAUUCAUCGGCUGUUCUUGGUACUGGAUGCUCUGGAACCACUUACAAAGCUUUACAUGGAGUUUAUGGAGAUGUAGCAGCCAAACUGUUGAAAUAUAACAAUGAUGUUAACAGAAAAGCCGCAAAUGAAAUUGAUUUGCUUUCAAGCAUCAAUGGAAACAAGUUUGUUGUCAACUAUUUUGGGUGGAAUUACGUGAAACACUCUGGUAUUGAAUAUCCAUUGAUUGUUAUGGAGUAUAUGGAAUGUGGGUCGCUUCAUGAUGUUUUGUAUAAAGACUCUUCUAUUGAUUUUCAUUAUUCUCUCCGAAAAAGGGCCAUGAAAGAGUUUGCUGAAGGCCUUCGAUUUUUACAUUUCCAUCUGUAUGGCAAGCAUCCUAUAGUCCACUGCGAUUUAAAGCCUCAAAAUCUGUUAUUCACUGCGGAAAUGCAUCUCAAGAUCAGUGACUUGGGAUCAGCUGUACGCUGCUGGACUGCAGAGCUUAAGCUGAAAGGAAAUAGGGAAUCUGUGUAUGUUUCUACACGAUACUGUGCCCCUGAACUAUUUAAUUGGAAUCUUAACCAAAGGCUAAAACCUGAGGUUGAUGUGUACAGUUACGGAAUAAUUUUAUGGGAGACAAUGGUUCGUGAGGAACCAUACAAGUAUGCUAAAAAUGAUGACGUUAUAAAAGUAGCUGUGAUGACUUGUGCUAACCGACCUUCUGUGAAACCAAAAUUCCUUACAGAGAAAGGCAUUUCAUAUGAUAUGAAAACUGCCUUGAUAGCUGUUUGUCCAUUAAUUUGGCAUAAAACACCCUCCAUGAGACCAUCUGCUGAACAAUUGACUCAAUUGAUAAACGAGUACUUCCCAUUCUCCCGGAAAGAAGCAAUGUCAGAGGGAAGCAAAUUUGCUCUGCAAAAGCUGCCAGAAGAUCCACGUUUAGUACAAACUGAACCACUCACCCAACUUAUUAAGCGGGACAUGCAAUGCAAGGUUACUGAAAAUGGCGGCAACGAUUUUUCAAUCUCUAUUCCCGCAAAUAGCAUGCUGGCCGAAGAAAAUGUGACCAGCCCAAAGUUGCCAUACGAGUCUGAAUUUUUUCAACCUCAAGCAGAAAAUUUUCAAGAUAACACACAGUUGCAGAGGAACAACACACAAGCUGAAAAACGAUCAAGAAUAGAUCUGCAAAGUCAAAGGCAUGAUCAGCCGGUGCAAGACUAUGGGUUGAAUAUGGUGCCUAUUUCUCCACAAAGACAAAUGUUUCUUGACGGAAAUUCUUUCCCAUCUCGUUUAGAUGAGUUGCCAGUUUCACCACCAUUGUUGCAACCACCAUUGCAAAUGGUUUACCCGGUUUCUGCAUCUAACGACAGAGCGUUAGAAUCCAGAGACCACCCGACUGGAAAUAUCUGGUCUAACCAUCAGAGAACAGAUUCAGAUCCAUGUUCAGAGACAGGCGACUUCGUUCCUCACUGUGCGAGUGCUAAAGAAUUCCAGAGAUGUUAUUCUACAGAGACCAUGGCUACUGAGUACUCCAGUGCAAGUUUAAUGGAAGACCAUUGGUAUGUGAAUCUUCCCAGCCCCUUUAGUAGAGGCAGCCAGCGGUAUAUGACCUUUCAUGGCUCAGAACGUCAGCGAUAUUAUGGUUCUAUUGCCAGAUCAACUGGAAAGAGUCGAACAAGACCAAGUCAACAUCAGGUGACGGAGGUUGAAAUAAAUUCUCCAACACGCUGUCUCAUGCUUGGUGCAAAGAAAGUGGGAAAACAUGAAAUGGAAAAUCUUUACAAGCAUUUUAUGGUCGCAAAACGACUUAAGAAUGAACCAUACAAUGAAUUCAUUAUUAUCUCUCAAAAACAUUAUGAAGCUUACUCUCCUGCUAUUGAUGUUGUUCUCUUGUGUUUUGCGUGCGAUGCAAAGAAAUCUCUCGAUCAAUUGAAACAGAUUUGGAGCAAUUUUAGCCGGCUUCGAAACAUGCAGGAUAUACCAGUAGUCGUUGUUAUGACAAAGGCAGAGAAAAUGAAAACGCAGCAAUAUUGUACGACCUACUCUCAAGGAAAGGUGUUUUCAGAAGCGUUAAAUGCACCUUUCCAUUCCUAUACAACUGGAUCAAAGCAAGACCUGGAAAAAGCAUUCCAAAUAGCUUAUGAAAAAGCAAAAAGUAAAUACCCUUUUUAAUAGGCCAUAAUUUAUCAUGUUAAUUAAAGAACUGAAAAAGGGGAAUUAACAGCAAAACAACAGUUGUUAAAACAUGCUAUAGAUAAAACGCGUGGAAAAGAGCGUCUAUUAAAAAGUGUGGCUGUUGCACUGAAGAUUUACUGUUUUGUCUUUUAUUGAUUUCCAUGUCCAAUUUGCAGCAAAUUAACUUUUAGUAAAAACUAACACAAGCUUAGGCACCAAACUUGAAUUUUUCUCUUUGCCGUAAUCAGUAUAGAUUCUAAACAGCACUAAUUCAUGAGUGUAACAAUCAACGCAUUACCUGCAUUUAUAAAAAUUUGGUGCAUACGCAAUCAACAAUUUAUAAAGUUCAAUUGUUUUAUUUCUUUUUGCGAUAUGUAUUAGCCUUACUAACAUUAUGCAAAUAUUUGUUAGAAACAGCAAGAAUGUCUAGUUUUUAUCUCAAGAAUUACACCAUAUUGUUGAGCGCAAGUUUUAUUGCUUAUAUUUUUGUAUUUAACCAAAGCACAUAUUUUUAACAUGUAAGUUUUUAAAUACAGAAUGUAAUAUAAAUCAACCUAAACUUUUGGCAAUCCUUAUAUAUAAAAACUUUUUUUAAAAAACUUUUUUAAAGUAAUUUUGCCACUGAGUCAAUAAGCACUUACUGCAUUCGAUCAAGUUUCUAAUUUAAUAUGUUUAUGCAGUACACUGACAUGUUUUCUCUCAUUAACUGUUCAGGUAGUGCUAUACUUCGUGCUAUUCUGUGUCUCGCCCCCAUAAACUUGUAACCUCUUUUCUACCAUGUUGGUACAUACACUAUUUUUAAAAGUGCCUGUAUAUUUUAAAUAGGAGUACUAAUACUAACUCAACUGCAGUUAUGGUGCAUUAACUUUCUAUCAUUGCAACUAAAAAUUGCUUCACAUAUCAAUAAACUGAGAACUGGUAUA